AUGUGGUUCUUUGAUGAAUAUAAACGAAGAUCUUUAGUAACCAGUUGCCCUCAUGGUUGCAUUAUUUGUGCAUGCAAUGAUGGUCUCCUUUUAUACGACACAAAACAGUAUUUUACAGCAACUCAAGUAUGCAAACUUCGAAGAGACAAACCAUUGCCCAGUCACAAACCAAAUAUUACUAUUUCUUCUAUCGACCCUAUAUGCUGGAUAGCUUUUAAUUCUGAUGGUUUAACAUUGGCUGUUGUGACAUCAAGUGAAAAUCGUGGGACGCUUGUAAAUUUGGUUAAUGUUUUCAACGUGGUGCAGCAUGGAUCAACCGAUCUCUCAAACAUAAGUCGUUCUGUUCGCGUUUGUGGUGGGGAAGUUACUGGGUGGAGAUUACGUGAUUUCUCUUGGAGCCCUACAGAUCCAGCUACUUUUGUUGUUAUUCUUGAAUCAGGAGCAGUUCGUCUUUUUAAUUUUUCGACUGAUGGGAACGGAUCUGUCACACUUGUUGACCAACUGCCCGUGACAGCAGAUUGUCGAUGUGUUUCUUGGAGUCCAAAAGGAAAACAACUUGCUAUUUGCUUGAAUGGUUCUCUGUCUACUGCAGACGGAAUUAUUCAGGGUCCUUUAAUUCUUCAAGUUGAUCCACAAAUGCAUCAAAAGCGUCUAGUUCCACUUACGCAUCUGUUCAACUCAAAUAGCAGAUGGAAGGAUAGUUCUCCAGUGGAUUUAUUGUGGACUUCUUCGUAUAGCUUCCUUAUUGCUGUUAAACAAUAUACAGACGAAAAUCAUUCAUUUUGUUCAACACAAGUAUUGUACAUUAGUACAACUUCGAAGUCUCCUGAACCGUCUGCUGUUACAGUUGAAAGUCUAUGUAGUAGUCGUGUGGAAUGUGAUAAAGCCCAAUAUUAUUUUCGCUUUUUGGGAACCAAUUAUGUUGCUGUGACCUGGGCAUAUGUUGGUGAAGAGGUGAUUAUCCUACAAUUACCCAACACCUCCGGUAGCCUACCACCUCAGGUUGUGAUGAGUAUUGAAUUGCCUGCCGAUGGUUUAGCUGUUAGCAUGGAUAUUGGCGUUUUUCAAGAAGAUGAUGAGCGUAAGGAGAAUUAUUUGGUAUACUUACUCACAUGUUUAUCGAAUGGUAGUAUUUGCCCAUAUUUGUUAAACUCGGAUAAUCCAAAAAUUCUGUUGAAUCCAAGCCUUCCAAAAAUACUCAGUUUACCGAUUCCUAAAUCAACUAUUACUUCAGUUGAAAAACAACUUAUAGAUACAGCAAAACCAGAAUCUACAAAUAAUUCCUUUAGUUUCACACCUAUUGUUAAUCAAGUAAAACCAGUUGUAAGUUCACCGGUGAACUUUAACACAUCAGUGUCUACAACUACCUGCAGUAUGUAUAAUGUUCCUUCCACACCAUUCACUGCAUUUAAAGCAUUCGAUGAAAAAAGACCAUUUCAUUCCAAGAUACAGCAAAUACAAAUAUAUCCCUUAACCGAGGUGAAAGAAAAUCUGAAUGUUAAAUGUGAAGCUCCUAACAGAUCACGUGAUAUACCGUUACCCAAGUCUGUAGAAGCAGCAGCAGCUCAUUUCACAUCUUCUUUGAAAUCAGAAGCAAACGCUGGUCGUCUUGCUUGGCAGAAUUUACUCAAUGUAUUGAGUAAUGGAGAUAUUGAUGGAAAGUCUAGCGAGUCUAUAGGGGUGGAUGUUAUUGAAGCACGUUUGUGUGAUGUUGAUCGUUUCUUAAAGGCAAUGGAUGAGGUAAUUACUGAAUUAACAACUGCACUAAAUGAACGUAAAGAAGAUUUAUCAAAUUCUGUUAUCUUCGGUGAACGUUUACGUCGAGCUUUACGUUUGUAUGCUAGUGGUGAUUGGUUUUCAGCGAUAUCAAGUCAUUUGGAUCCAGAAACUAAUCGGUUAUUUAGUCAGUUAAAAAGACGUGCACGUUUAGCCGAAGCUGGAUUGUUUGAUUUAGAAGAUCAAAUUCAAAGAUUAUCCUCAGAAUUGGAUUCUCUCCAGUCUAAGAGUAGUACUACACCUAAUAGUCGAGGAAAAGAAAAGUAUAGUACAAGGAAUGGUGUUGGCAAUAAUUCUCCUAUUAUACGCGCUUUGGAUACAAAUGCUAAUCUUAUUCGUGCUGAACGUGGUCGAAUUGAUUAUAUUGUUGAGAAUUUGAAACGAUUAGGACUAAGUCCAAUGAAAUGUGAAUCUAAAAAUGAUUUAAAAAACGCUAAACAACAGACUGUACGAACAAGUUUAAAUCGUUCAAAUGUAUCAUUUUCUAAAGAAGAUAAUGUCAAUCCACUACGGAAUAUGAUAAAUGAACGUGAUCAAGCUUUAUUCCGAUUAUUUUCCAAUUAUAAAUUACCCAUCAUUCAUCCGUCUAAAGUUUGCCCAUCUAUCUCUACAGAGGUAGAAAGUUCAAAGUUUACUGAUUCUAAAGGUGGUGACUCAUUUUCUGAUAUGCAGCCAAGUUCAGAUGUUCACCGAAAUGCAACAACCUUGUCACCAAGUAUAAAGAACUCUCGUUUAGAACAAUUGCUUGUUGUAUCAGGAGAACUUGCUUCCAACACUGUCGUCUCUACUUCACCGAAAACACCUCUUAGUACGAUAACAAAAGCUGAAACUGAAGCUAAGAAAUCUACUGCUGUGCCGUUAACACCUACAACUCCUUUAUCUAAAACUCCAACUUCUUCUCUUCUCAGUAAGCCAAGUUUAUCUAUGGGAUUGACAAAAAAUCAGAAUAUUAGCUAUCCGUCUACAACGUCCACAUCAUUCAUUAAUACAUCGCCAGUAACAAAUGUAAAAGCGUGUGAUGCAAAUACUUCAACACAACAAUUUCUUUCAACUACCACAAAGCCGUUUAUUCAGUCUUUGUCCACUCUGACAACUACUUCAUCAGCUAUGACCGUAUCAACACCUACAAAUCGUAUUCUUUUCGCUGUUACUGCUACAUCUAAACCUGGACCAUUUACGAACAUCAAUACAUUUGGUACUAUGGCUGCAUCUUCUACACUUAAUUCGGUAAACAGUACAGGAUCGCAGAAUUCACUUUCCCAAAAGACUGAACCCAAUAGCCUUAUCAACCUUACAACAAGUGGUCACAAUUCUGGCACAAUCGUUUCCACAAACUCUCUGUUCAAUUCUACAGUUGACGCAAAUCUCAUUACUACCACUCCAACUAGUCAGUCUGUUGAUAAGAAAAGUCAAGAACAAAAUGAAAUAGAGAUAACAGAUCCAUCUCCAGUAAAUUGGUCAACCAAUUCAUCUCAACCAACUGUUUCUUCUAAUCCUGGACUUUUUUCAUUUCUACCAACUCCAGUAUGUAGUACAGGUAUAAUUUUUGGAAGUGGACAACAACAAAAUACCUGUACAUCAAUUACUUCUACAACAACUUCAGUUUCUAAUGAUCAAACAAAAUCAAGUACUGCUACAACUACUCAAUCAUUAUUUGGUUCACCGUCGUUUGUUUCAGCGUCUACUUCUUCCUCCACUUCUGUCACUAGUGCAAGUAUGUUUUUGUUUGGUACUGCUUCUCAGCCUACUAACUUUUCGCUUGUAAAUACAUCUGGAAGUGCUGUUUCUACUACAUACACUACAGAAACUCUUGUUUCGAAUACUGGGUCUUUGUUUGGAAUCACUUCGACUGCCACUGUAUCUACACCUUCGUUAUUUGGUACUACAGUUUUUGGCAAAGGUGGUGCUACUACUGUAAGCAGUGGAUUGUUUGGUUCUAAUGCAUCUUCCCUUCAAACCUUGGCUUUGUCUACCACAUUACCUGCUACCGGUGUUUUCAGUUUCUCAAACGCAACAGAUAUAUCAAUGGUUUCUACUAGUUCUGUUACUAGUGCUAGUACUUCAGUAACACAAAGUUUAACUAGUCUUUUCAGUUCACCUGGAUUUGGCAAGUCACCUGAACAAUCUAAGCCAUUAUUUCAAACUUCAUUAGGCUCAACAGCAACAACAAGUGUCACAACAACCAAUACUAGCACAGUGUCUUCGUCAGGUUUAUUCGGUUCAUUAACAAAUACUUCAGGUGGUGGUAGUAAACUGUUUAGUUCACUUCCGACAACUCAAAGUGGCGGUUUCUUAUUUGGCUCAGCUUCGAAUCAGGUUUCAGGUUCAAAACUUUUCCAUACUAAUGUAACCAGCCCUGUUGUUGUCUCCUCAGCAUCAGCAACAUUUGGCAGUCUUUUUGCAUCUCCGUCAAUAACUUCAUCCACGAAUACUAACACUCCUGUUUCGGCUAUAUCAAGUUUGUUUCAUGGAGGUGAUUCAACACAAACAAAAAGUCCAGGCCUCUUUCAAUUUUCUUCGGGAACCUCAUUGUUUAAUACACCAACGACUAACAGUGUAAAUUCAACUCCUAGCACUGGUCUUUUUGGGACAACUAAUCCACAACAAGCAACAACAAAUUCUCCUGGUUCUGGUUUAUUCGGCUCAGUGAUGGGGACAGAUGCAAACGCAGCUAACAGUUUAUUCUCAGUGAACAGCCUGAAUCUCGGUGGAAAUCAAGCACCUUCAAAUCCUGUUCAAAACAUUUUCGGUAAAGCUUUUGGAAAUCAAGCUAACUCUGCUUCAACUCUAUUCGGUUCACCUAGUUCAGUUUCUCAAAGUAACACUAAUGUGUCAAAUCCACCGUUAGUCUCACAGUCUAGUCCUUUUAGCAAUUCUGUUUUUGGAUCCUCUCUAUUCAAUUCUCCCGCUUCUAGCACAGCUACUAGUGGUGGCAGUGAUGGUCUGUUUAGUAGUUUAGGCUCAAAUGUCAAUUCAGGCACAGGUCUUUUUGGAAGUCAGACUUCUCCCACUAAUGUUGGUGGUUUCGGAAGUCCACCAAUUUUUGGCAGCCCUUCAUUCGGUGGGAUUGGAAGUGUUAACCCUUCUGGACAAGGAUUAUUUGGAAUGAGUGGAACUGCAGCGUUCAAUUCUGGUGCUGGAUUGUUUGGUUCAGCUGCACCUACUGGUGGUUCUUUGUUUGGUACGAACACCAAUCCACCUGCUGGUGGUGGAUUAUUCGCUGCCUUGGGAAAUAAACCGGAUAAUCUGACUUUCGGAUCACUGGCACAAGCGUCACCGCCUGGAGGAAAUAUGCCUGCUUCGCCUUUCAGUACAAGUCCAUCGUUUACUCAAAGACGAGCCUAA